AUGGUUCGAUUGCUGGCUCCUGUCAUCGAUGCAUUAAUCGAGACUAUCUAUGCUAGCCCUACGUUUCAACCAAAAGUCUCGUGGGCUCUUCGGAAGACCCUACAGUAUCGCUACCAGAAGACCGCCAAGAAAUACUGUGCCGCACAUCUGGCGGCUAUUCUUCUCAAGCCUGGCCAGAGUCGAUCAGUUGAUGAUAGUCUGUCCUUGAGCUUCGCAAGAUGCAGCAUUACCACGUCCAACAAUAAGCUGUGCAAGAACAUGCUCAAACACCAAGACGCGAUAUUUGCCCAACAACUCUUUGAGUUUACCGAAGGGGUUUGGAGAGAACAGCUGUAUCAGCCAAUACUUCCCCUGCAAUUCAAAGAGCUCUUGAGAUACUAUGAUGGUGUGACGAAGAAGUUUCCAUCCAUGGAUGAGAGAGCCCGUCGCUCGACUGCAAUGAUUCUGCAAAACUGCACCAAUCUCAGUAGGCCAUAUGACUUCUCGAGGGAUAUUACCAUCUUGGAUAGGAUUGGCUGGGAAAUCGACCUGCCACUGAGAGAUGUUAUCAUUAGUGGCAACGCCUCCUCCAGCGAGGGCACCGGAGAUGAC